AUGCUGCUGAAGGCUGUGCUGCUCCUCUCUCUGCUGGCCGGCUGCCCAGGUGGGUGCAGGGGCUCUGUGGGCAGCAGGGCUCCGUGGGCAGCAGCACAAGCCUCGCUCCUGCCCGCAGUGUCCCCAGCCAAGCCGGCGCAGAGCGGCCUCUGGGAGUACCUGAGCCAGCUGACGGGUGACAAGGAGAGCCUGGAGCAGGGCCAGAGCAAGCUGGGCAGGGACAUCACGAACCUGAAGGAGAGCAUUCAGGAUGGGGUCAGCUACAUGGGGGACUUCCUGGAGAAGCUGUCGCCCCUCAGCAGGGACCUGCAGCCGCGGCUCCCCGAGGACUCGGCCAGCCUGCGCAAGGCCCUGCGCAGGGAGCUCGACAGCCUCCGGGAGAAGCUGUCCCCGUACGUGGACGAGGUGCACCAGCAGGUCGGGAAGCAGCUGGACGAGCUCCGGCAGCAGCUGCAGCCGCUCACUGAGGAGCUCCUGGAGCAGGUGUCCCUGCGGGCCCGGCAGCUCCGGCGGCACCUGGUGCCCAGCCGGGAGGUGACGGCGCAGCUCCUGGGCGGCGCCGACGAGCUCCAGCGCUUCAUGGCUCACUACGCCGACAAGAUCGCCUUCCACACGGACCAGGUGAAGGACAUAUUCCACCCGUACACGGACCGGCUGCUGAGCGAGAUCCACCGCAACGUGGAGGAGCUGCACCGCAGCGUGGCCCCGCACGCCCGCGCCAGCCCCGAGCAGCUCAACCAGCACAUCCAGGAACUGUCCGCCAAGCUGGCCCGCAACGCGCGGGACCUGCACCAACAGAUCCAGAAAAACCUGGAGCAGCUGAAGGCGAAGCUGAGCCUGUUGCCCGGCAGCCUCGGGGGGCCCGCGGCGCCGCCGGGCCGCUCUCGGGAGGCGCUGGCGCGGGAGGUGCAGCGGCGGGUGGAGGAGUUCCGGCAGGACACGUACGCCCAGAUCCAGGCCUUCACCCGCGCGCUGGACCAGGAGACGGAGGAGAUGCGGCUGAAGCUCAGCGCCCGGCCGGGCCCGCCCGAGGAGCCGCUGGACGCGCCGCCGCCGCCCCUGGAGGACCUGCGGGCCCGGCUGGACGCGCUGUGGCGGGACCUGGCGCUGAGCCUGAGCGAGCGGGGCGGGGAGGGCCCCGGGGAGGCGCGGGCGGGGCCGGCCGGGGUGGCGGGGCCGGGGCGGCUCCGCGGCUGA